UUUAUAAUCCAGUAGAUGGCGCCAGAUCCACUUAUUUCUCCCAGCAGCGAAGGUAAACUUCCUGGUAGUGAAAUGGCGACGUGGGGCAGGUUCGGGGCGAGUGUGCGGAACUUUUGCCGGACUUCUUGGAGCCUGGGCGGUAAAGUCGCGCUGAAGCCGGCGGUAGGAGGCGCGGUGUUGGGCUGCCUGGUCGCCGGCGGUGCGCUCCGCUAUCACCACACCCCGAGCUGGAAGUGCUUCCACCCCAGUGUGUACGCCAAGGAGACCACGGAUGAUGACACCCCCGUCCCAGCAGUCUCGAUGCGGCGUUUGCGCUUCAACCAGUUUGCCUCUGUGAUUUAUGAGCACGAGCCGUAUAUGACUCCCAGAGACUUCCUGUACUCCAUCAUGCUGGAGCAUGUGGAACAUAAACUGCAUAAGAGGCACCUGUCCAAAGCGGAAGUAGAGAAGAUGCUGACGGUGGCUUCUAAAGCCAAGGCAGGAAAAGCUCUGUUCAGAGGAAUUGGAGACAAUGGGCUGAUCUCCUACACCGAGUACCUGUUCCUCCUCACCAUCCUCACCAAGCCACAUACAGGAUUCGACAUCGCUUUCAAAAUGCUCGACAUCGACGGCAACGAGCAGGUGGACAAAAAGGAGUUUGAGAAGCUGAAGAAAAUCAUCAGCCAAAGGAAGGUUGCUAAAGAGGUGGCAGAGACGGCAGCCUCGGAGGAAAGCAACGAGCCCAGCACCACGCUGCAGGCCUUCUUCUUCGGCCGUAAGGGACAAAAUAAACUGCAGUACAAAGAGUUUUGCAGGUUCAUGGAGGAUCUGCAAGCAGAGGUGCAGGAGAUGGAGUUUCUGCAGUUCUCCAGAGGCAUGGACACCAUGAGGAGGGAGGACUUUGCUGAUUGGCUGCUGCACUACACCAACGAAGAAGACAACACGGAAUACUUGGAGAACCUGAGAAAGAGAAUACCGACAGGAGAGAGCAUCACUUUUGAGGAGUUUAAAGCCUUCUGUCUCUUCACCAACAACCUGGAGGACUUUUCCAUCUCGGUGAAGAUGAUCGCCGAAGCUAACAGACCAAUUGGAAUGGCUCAGUUUAAGAGAGCCGUGAAGAUCGCCACAGGACAGGAGCUUUCUGAGAAUGUUCUGGGCACAGUGUUUCAAAUCUUCGACCUUGACGGAGACAACUGCCUCAGCCAUGAAGAGUUCAUCGCUGUGAUGAAGGACAGAAUGCUGCGAGGUCUCAGGGUUCAUUCCCAGCAGGGCGUGUCAGGUUUCUGGAAGUGUGUGAAGAAAGAAAUGCUAAAAGGAGCUCAGGAAGCUCUCAGUCACAGCAGCAGCCCUUUCUGAAAGGAAACACACCUGUUCCAGGGGCGGGGCUUGUGGCAUUAGGGGUGUGGCUAUUCAGCCUUGAUUAUGGUAAAGCAGACAAGCUCAGCUCUCCACCUGAACACGCACCACGCUGGUCUAUUACAUCCUCCAUGGCACUUGGCCACUUUCUCAGCUGACUUUGUCAGUGUUUUAUCCAUAUUAAAUUCCACAGUGACCCAAUUUCAUGAUACAUUUAUAUUUGUGUUAACCGAAAAAGUUAGGGAAAGUCACAUCACUUUUACUUUUGAUGUUCUGAAGAGUGUGUGAUACUGAGUGUGUGACGAGUAUUAUAUAGCGAGGAACCAAUUAUCAGCACAUGUCAAUCAUUUUCUACCAGGAUGCUUUAUUAUUAGGAACGUUCUGACUGAAUAUCCAAAUAAAUUCACAGGAAUUGUUUUAGUCUAAAAUGUUUACAGGGACCCAGCAUCUGGUACUAAAUUGGGAUUAUUUAUUUAAAAAAAAAAAAAAAAAGUUAGAAUUUUGUAAAAUUUGACUGAUUAUGAUGAGUUUUGUUGUUCUGGGUCCUACAGGGUGAAGCAUUAAGGCACUUUUUACUGCAUCAUUAAUAAACAUAUCCAGGUUUGGGGCUUUAAUUAUUUGAGACAUUUAUAUGAAAAAAGAAUAGAUACUGGUGCCCUAUAUUUUAUUAUUCCUCUGUGUGUGUGUGUGUGUGUGUGUGUGUGUGUGUGUGUGUGUGUGUGUGUGUGUGUGUGUCCCACAGAAAAGUCUCCUUUGUUUUGUAAUUUACAUUGUUAAAAUUUCGGUACUCCAAUAUUCCUAAAAUCCUCUUAGGGUGCUUUCACACCUAUAAGUCAGUUUCCUGAGUUCGAAUCAGAGUGAAAUUGAUACUUUUGGUUCAUUUUCUAUUUGAUUUGGUUUGUUUUCUCCCUGCACAUUCUUUAA